GUCUGGGGUGGAAUCCACUAAGGCUCAAGAGAGGUCUGUGCCUACCGUGCUGUUGGAUCCAGCUCGCUCCAGAGGGUGAUGGGGAUCCCCUCGUUCCUGCCCCUCUUCGACACUGAGAGUGACUGGGCAGACUGCAAACACUCCCAGCCCCUGGGCCACAUGUUGCUGUGGACAGCUGUGCUAUUCCUGGCUCCCGUUGCUGGGACACCUGCCGAGGUCCCGCAGGCUGUGCUGAAGCUCCAGCCGCCGUGGAUCCGGGUGCUCCAGGAGGACUCCGUGACCCUGACGUGUCAGGGAGCCCACGGCCCCGGGAACCACUCCACCCAGUGGCUCCACAACGGCAGCGCCAUCCCCAGCCAGGUGCAGCCCAGCUACACGUUUAAGGCCAAGAAGAACGACAGCGGGGAGUACAGGUGCCAGACAGGCCCCAGCAGCCUCAGCAACCCCGUGCAGCUGCACGUGUUUUCGGAGUGGCUGGUGCUCCAGACACCCCAGCUGGUGUUCCAGGAGGGGGAACCCAUCGUGCUGAGGUGCCACGGCUGGAGGAACAAGACUGUGUACAAGGUCACAUUCUACCAGAAUGGAAUAUCCAAGAAGUUUUUCAAUUACAACAGCGACUUCUCCAUCACUCAAGCAAACCACAGCCAUAGCGGUGUUUACUACUGCAAAGGAAACAUAGGAAAGACGACCUACUCAUCAGAGCCUGUGACCAUCACUGUCCAAGAGCCUUCGUCCAACCCAGAUGAUGACUCACUGGUGGUGACGAUCGUGGCGGUGGUCACUGGGAUUGUGGUCAUGGCUACUGUUGCCAUCGUAGCAGCCUUCGUCUACCUCAAACGCAGGCGGAGGUCAGCUCUCCCAGGAUACCCCAAGCCGGGGGGAAUGGGAGAGACCCUCCCAGAGGAACCAGCCAGUCCCACGGAUACCGAGGAAGCUGCCAAAGCUGAGGCUGAGAACACGAUUACUUACUCACUUCUUAUGCACCCGGAGGCUGCCGAGGAAGAAGCAGAUUACCAGAACCGCAUCUAGUCUCCAUUGCCUUGCCCUGAGGUUUGGGGCAGAGGAUGAGAGAGGCAAGGGCUGAUGUCACCUGGCCUACAUUGUCCUUGGGGACGAUGGGCGGAUGCCAUGGCUCCAGGGGAGAAGGACUAUUCCAGAGUUAUCUACGUGAGCCCUGAAGCUCCCGAAGCUCCAGCCCCAGCUGGCUGCCCGCGCUGCCCCAAUGCCUUAGAGCUGUCCAUGUCCAGACUCUGCUACGCAUCCACACAGCCAGUACAAUCAAGCACAUCACAGCCAGUACAAUCAAGCACAUCGCUGUCAGUGACACUUUGCAGCAACAUGGAACAUGGCUGAUGGUAUAGGCUACAUGAGAACAAUUGCACAAGCGUAUCCGAUUUCAGAAAUGUUAAAAUAGACUAACACAUAGCAGCAUAUGGAAAGUGAUCAUUUCAGGGCGAUGGAAUGUUCGGUGAUUUUUGUUUUAAUUCUUUAUUUUUCUAGAAAGGUCAUGUAUUACUUUUAUAAUAAAAUAGUAUUAAAAAGCC